AUGCUAAUAAAACAACUUUCAACAAAUUACAUUAUAAAAAAUGUAGUUGGAAAGGUUAUCACAAUCAAAACAGCACGUCACAGUAGUGUAACGAUAUCGCUAGAUAGUAAAUUCAAGUUUAACGAGCAGUUACAUCUGGCCAAGCCUGGCAAGCAGAACUUUAAUUUUUUCUCGUCAAAUUUGUACUUGCGAUACGUCAAAAUGGCACACAGUGAUUGUACACAACCUAAAAAAAUUUGUAUAGUCGGCAGUGGGAACUGGGGCUCUGCAAUUGCAAAAAUUGUAGGUCAUAAUGCGGAAAGAUUGGAUAAUCUGGAUAAUAGAGUUACAAUGUAUGUUUAUGAAGAGAUGAUAAAUGGAAAAAAGCUGACUGAAAUUAUCAAUGAAACUCAUGAAAAUGUUAAAUAUCUUCCAGGCCAUAAGUUGCCAUCCAACGUAGUCGCUGUGCCCGAUGUUGUAGACGCAGCCAAAGACGCCGACGUUCUGAUCUUCGUGGUACCCCAUCAGUUCAUCAGGACGUUAUGUGCUACACUUUUAGGAAAAAUAAAACCUACUGCAGUAGCAUUAUCACUUAUAAAAGGAUUCGACCGUGCAAAAGGUGGCGGUAUAGACCUAAUCUCACACAUCAUCACUCGUCAUUUGAAAAUUCCUUGCUCAGUCCUUAUGGGUGCAAAUUUGGCAGGAGAAGUAGCGGACGAAAAAUUCUGUGAAACCACAAUAGGAUGUAAAGACGUAUCACUUGGACCUUUAUUAAGAGAUAUCAUUCAGACCGACUAUUUCAGAGUUGUCGUUGUUGACGAUGAAGAUACCGUUGAAGUUUGCGGUGCUCUUAAGAACAUCGUAGCUUGUGGUGCUGGUUUCGUAGAUGGUCUGGGUCUAGGAGAUAAUACAAAGGCAGCUGUCAUCCGUCUGGGUCUGAUGGAAAUGGUCAAGUUUGUAGAUGUAUUUUACCCAGGCGGAAAACUGGCAACAUUCUUCGAAAGUUGCGGUGUUGCUGAUCUUAUCACUACCUGUUAUGGAGGUAGAAACCGAAAAGUCAGUGAGGCUUUCGUUAAAACGGGUAAAACUAUUAAGGAGCUUGAAGACGAGAUGUUGAACGGACAAAAACUCCAAGGGCCUUUCACAGCAGAAGAAGUCAACACUAUGUUAAAGAGCAAAAAUAUGGAAAAUCAGUUCCCCUUAUUCACAUCGAUUUACAAGAUCUGUGAUGGUCAACUUCCUCCAGCGGAGUUUAUCAGCUGUAUCAAGAACCACCCAGAGCACAUGGAUUCUAAAUUAGACCGCAUCGAUUCCAGAAAAUCAAUUCAUCUCAGUAAAAUAUAAUUCCCAAUCUCCUUAACAACCAUUUUUCAUUCAUUUUUUUUUUAGAUUUUUGCAUGCUUUUUUUACUUUUUUUGCAUGGUGUUAUUUUUAUAUGUUUAACGUUCAAGUAAGUUAUAGAAGCAAUAAAGUGUGAACUGAG